AUGGAUCUCCCCGGGCCAGUAGAAACAGUAGAAAGUGGCCGUAACUUCCGGCUGCUUUCCGAAGAAGAGCUACCUCAGCUUCUAGACUUCCUGAAUGGCUACUUACCCGAAAAAAUGGAUCUCCCCGGGCCAGUAGAAACAGUAGAAAGUGGCCGUAACUUCCGGCUGCUUUCCGAAGAAGAGCUACCUCAGCUUCUAGACUUCCUGAAUGGCUACUUACCCGAGUCACUCAAGCCCCACGGUCUCUUGUACGAGAGCUUCGGUGUUUAUUGUCCGACAGACAAGCUGGAGCAUCUGACCCUUCUGCGCGAGGAGGACAUACUGAUUGACUGGUCUCGGCCAUUAUACAUAAACUUUAUUCAUUGUGAUAUUGCUGAUGAAUUGUUUCGUCUGUACAACGACGUCGGUACAAUCGACCGCGUGCUCGGUGACGUCUGGGCGUACCGGAACUUGGGCGAGGAGGAUGACAGCGGUGACGGAAGCUCAUUGGUAGCCGCACAGGAAGACUCUUUGGAGCCUCAGCCGGGCGAGGGCGACGGAGACGAUGUACAGGUGCUGCCUCUUAAUGCGGAGCACGCAGAGGGAAUACACGAAUUAUAUCCGGCCAAUGACAUGGAGUGCCACGAACUCUUUCUCAGGCUCAUCAGAAUCCUUCCAGCGGGUGGCGUUUUUGUUAAUAAUAUUCUUGCGGCUUGGAUGAUACAGUCAUACUAUGGCGCGAUGUUCUCUAUGCAGACUAAACCAGAGUUCAGAAGGAAGGGUUAUGGUACACGAUUAGCUAGGUUCCUGACAAAAGUAGUAUCCGAACGCGGGUACAUUCCAUUCGUAGUAAUACGUCCUGAGAACGAAGCAAGUCAGAGUUUAUACAAAAAAUUAGGCUUCCAUAAACUAUACCAGACCGUCAGAGCGACGAUGAUUCCUUACGGGUGGGAGGAGAAGGAGAAGGAGGAGGAGGAGGAGGAGGAGGAAGAAGAAGAAGAAGAGAACAAGCUCAAGCAAGUACAAAAAGAGACCGAUUGUGACAAGUUCGAGAAUAUAGUGCGCAAGCUAAGGCUUGAGGAGCGCGUCCUAGACGCCCUGGUGACCAAGAAUGACGAGCAGACUGUUGUACCGACCGCUGGUCAAACAGACGACGACGACGACGGUGACAACGAUCCGACGAUACUCGAGACCUCUGAUUCUCCCAAGGGAGAGGAUGACGACGAGAUUCUCGACGGAGAAAAUGGAUAUGGAAAGUGUCAUGAUGAAGCUCUUGAACCGAUCGAGGAAAAUGUCCAUCAAGAGGAUGUCGAAAAAGUUGAUUGUGAUAGUGGUUAA